CGAAAUAGUUGGCCGCCAGGUGUCUCUGCUCUCGACGAUUAUACGUGGCAGAGACACCUAGCGGAAAUAAUGUAGUUUUAAGUGUGCAUUAAACAAACAAGAAAUAUUAUGAAAUAUUAACUAUAUAGGAAUGCGUCAAAAUAAUAGAACAUGUUAAGGAUAAAUCUAUAAAUUAAUUAAGUUUUCUACCCUUUAUUAAGUACGAUCUACAGAGUUGAUAUUUAUCAUGUUUCAGAUUAUGUUCUACUAUGGAUUAAAUGAUCAAGAUAAUGAUGAAUAUUUAAUCAACAAAUCUAUAGCAGAAAUUGAAGAAAAUGCAAUAGGAUUGGGAGGCCCCAAGGCGCUACUUGACGUGAAUGAAGUAGUUGGUGAUACACAUGAAGCUGGAAUUCAUGAUUAUAUAGUGCAGGAACUACAGGAGAACCACCAGACUGGAAUAGAAGAGGUGACGGAAGGUGUUGAACACCCUGGAGGAGAAGAUCAAGGAGAACCAGGAGAUAAGAGAGGUUUAGAAGAUUUGGGAGGAAAAGUAAACGAGGAUGCCAACCCUGAUGCAAACCCUGUUCAGGAUCGUUCUGCAACUAUCAGAUCCUGUAUCACUGAGGAUUAUGAUACGCCACCAGAAACUCCAGAUUUUGAUUCAAGUGGAUCUGUAAGCUUGAAUUCUACCCUCUCCCACCAAGACUUCAAAUCAGAUUCAACCAAAUAUACAAAGAUUCCGCCGCCACCUCCUCGACCGCCACAGCAAGCAUUAGAGGCGGAGGUUGUUGGUGGGGCGGAGGGAUGUGAAGAGGCGAAUAGUGUGAAUACGGAUUUAUUUGAAGAAAAUGGACCUCCAGUUCCCCCUCCAAGGUUAAAGAAGAAGCUCCGUACAAAGGUGAAAAGUCUUGAACUGGAGAAAACUUCUCAUCAGAACGAUCUUCUAUUUAGAACAGAUUCAUUUCAGAUGAGACGAAAACUCAGCGAUCUUAGAGGUCCUGUACGACUUCUCUCCUUUUCAGCCGGUGGAUUUCUACAGCAAUGGAAAGAAAGAUGGGCAGUUUAUGAUUAUGGGGAUUGUAGAUUGCGGAUUUACAAGAAUAAAGAUGAGUUGGAUAAAACAGAAGAGGAGGUUGAUAUUCUCUCUGCAACAUUCAACUAUAAUCUGGAAAACUCAACAAACGGAGAAUUUACUUUAUGCACCAAAGACGGAGAUUUCACAUUAGAUGUAGGCAGUGCAGAAAACAGGCAAUAUUGGUUACAACAGCUUCAGAGAUGUCGACGGGAGUUUACACAAGCUGGCGGUUCAAACAAUAGACUCAUGGCGAGAGCAUCAAUCGGACUGUUGAAAGAGAAACCAACCCCUGAUGAGAGCAAGGAUAGUUCCCCCUUCAGGGAUAUUCUGGCAACCAUGGAACGACCUCUAGAAUUCAAUUCUCCUAAGUCGGCGGACUAUUGCGCGAAAAAAUCUUUCUUCCCUAACUUUGCUCGCAAACCUAGCUUCAAGUUGGUCAGGAGUUCCAGUGAUAGAACUCCUUCCCCUCCAGGAGUAGAUCCUUGGUCUCCUCCACCUAGUGAUCAUAACUCAGAAACUCUUCUGACGGAUUUGCCUCAAAUUUUGAUUGGGAAACUUAAUAGAACCACUGAAAUGUUCGUAGCUUGCUGUUGUGUUGGAUACAGUUUGGAGAAGCAUAUCAGAGACGAACUUUACGAGAAUUCUGAAUCUCAAACCGUGGAAGUUAUUUUAGAGCUACGAGCAGGACACAGAAGAUUAAUAUUGUCCAGUGUUCAGAUUGGUUCAGAUCCGGAGCUUCUAAGCUCCGAAAGGUUUGGAUUCCAGGCUCUCAGUAAAAUACGAAAGUCUCUGCGGGAUAAAAGACCUCCUCUGAGCUCAAGACCAAUUGUACCUUUUAGGAAGCUUGAAGAAUAUUCUCGCGAAGUAGAAUCCCUCCGAGAUGAUUUACAGGCUAGUCAAGAUGAUUCUUCUGCGUGCAGAGAAGUGAUAACUUCGCUCCAAGAACAAAUUAAGGCCCUGCAAAAAGAGCGAGAAACCUUGAAAUCCCUUCGACCAGAGCUUACAGAGGGGGAACUAUUAGAGAUAUUGAGAGAGAAGGAUAGACAGCUUGUAGAAGCUGAGACAGAUGCAACUUUAAAACAAGGAAACCUUCAUCAGUUACAGGAGCGAAUAGACAAGCUAGAAGAUGAAGCUACUACCUACCUUCAGCUGAUCCAGGUCAAGGAUACCUCUAUAAUCAGGUUGACUACCGCGCUACACGAGAUGGAACUUCAGGAUAAGAUUAACCAGGAGACUCCCCCUUUAUCUAAUGGUUCAUCUACCUUCUUCUAUUCUGAAAAAGUGAGUCUCGGAACUCAAACAGAUUCUGACAAGGAGAAGGAGGCUCUACAGGAUACAGUCACAGCAUACGAGAUGCAGAACAGGUUCCUCAACAAGGAGGUUCUUGAGCUCAACCAGCUCAGGCAGCAGGCCAUAGACAGGGAACAAAAGUUAUUUAUCGAGGCUAGUGAUUGGGAAGCUAAAUUUUAUCAAAUUCAGUCAAAAUAUCUUCUUCUUCUUAACGAACUCCACAAUCCACAGGUGAUGGUGUCGGCCAGCAGGCAGGAGAUGGUCGGUCAUCUUCUAAAGGAUAUUGUGGAGAAUUGUGAAAAGCCAAGUCUUAAUUCUCAUUCAGCCGAAUACGACAGGUUCGGUUUCCGGAUGGGAGAGGACGGUAGCCUCGAGGUGAGGGCGGAGAGGAUGCGGAGGCAACAGGAGGAGAGAGCGGAAGAGAUAUCGGAGGACGAGGCUAGGAGGAGAUGGGACUCUGUUGUUGCAGCUUUAGAGAGGUCAGGAUAGAGGAUUAUAAUAAAG